UUUCAUUUUAAAAUGGACAUUUAAUUUUUGACAUGCAUAGAAUAUUUGUAGGAAUGAUCCUAAUUUAUAUAGCUUCUUGUCAAGGUCCAAAAGAUGUUGUAUUUGUUCUUGAUAGAUCUGGUAGUUUGGAUGCAUCUGACGUUACCGAUGCUAUUGAAUUCAUCUAUAACGUUACUGUAUGGUUGACGAUAGGAGACAACAAUGCAUUGAUAUCAUUAGUGACAUUCAGUGAUAAUGUCACAGAAGAGUUCAACCUUGGAAAUUUUCCAAACAAAACCGAUUUACUAUCUGCAAUAGAAAGUCUUAGUAACAUGACAUCUUAUGGUGGUACUUUUACAUUUGACGCGUUGGAAUUUGUUCUUACAACAUCAUUUAACGAAAGUAGCGGAGGAAGGUCUGGUGCUGAAAGGGCUGUUGUUGUUUUAACAGAUGGUGCUUCCUUGAACUAUAUCCAGACUGUAACUAUGGCAGAUCGUACACGGUCAGAACUUGGUGCCGAAAUAUUUUCUAUAGGCAUAGGGUCGACACAAGAUUCUGAUGAACUUAAUGAUAUAGCCAAUGACCCCGAUAGCUACUACGCCUUAUCUGUACAGGAUUAUGUCUAUUUAUGUAACCUGGUCCCUACUCUGGUCAUUAGACUUGAUAUGACAGUGAAUGCUACAUUAUCAGAAGGGUGUCCUUUAUUUAUACCAACAACAUUUCAGACAAAAGCACCACAGAAAACUACUACAUCACCAUCAGCUACAACGACAAGUAAAGAAGAACCAUCGACAACCGAAACAUCAACUGUAAUGAGAACAACCAUGGUUGAACCAUCUACUGAACAACAUAUUACUACUUUGGAUGAAACAACUACCACUGAAAAACAAACAACAACAUACGAGUCAACAACUACAGAGAAAAUAGCAACUUCUUACUUAGAAACUACCAAGACAACAGAACAAAUAAAAACAACUACUGUCACCACCCCUACAAUGCAAAUAACAACUUCCUUGGAAACAACCAGUACUGCUGGGCAAACAACAGAAAUCUCUGACUCUACCGCUCCUGUGCAAAUAUCAUCAACUAUAUUAGACACUACAAGUAUUGCUGUGCAAACUACAACAGCCCCGUAUACUACCACUUCGGAGAAAACAUUGACCACAUCAGAAACCACUAUACACACAGACACAACCGCUUCAGGGCAAGACACAACUAUGAAUCAGGCCGCGCAAGUAACAACUUUAUCAACAGUAGUUGUAACUUCAUUUCCAGCUCGAUCAACAUCAUCUACAGAUUUAUCAACAUUUCAUAUUAUCACAGGUUCAGAAAAGCCAGAAAAUAUUGUUGCAAGUACUAGUAGUUCAUUCAGCACAGGAACAGCAAUAGGGAUAAUCAUAGCAUUUUUAUUUCUUAUUCUCCUGCUGAUACUUUUAUUUUGUGUGCGUAAAAAAUUACGAUCAAGGAAGAAAGCUUCACCAAUGAGCAAAGAAGACUGUAUGGUAAGACAAUACACCCAAAGAAGCCUAGGAACUCCAAAACCGUUAUCUUAUAGGGAGGCAACAUUUACUGGUAAAACUGAUAUGAAUGGCCAACUUACACAGUCUAGAAAUUCAUCUAUGUUUGACGUUUAUGUAUAAUUUCUUAUGUUGAAUAAAAAAAAAAAUCAUUAAAUUUUAUAUUUGUAUGAAAAUAUUAAGAAUUAUUGAAGCCUAAGUCAGUAGAAGUGAAAAUGUUAUGAUGUGUUAAUAAUUUAUGUCAUAUGUUG